AUGUCGAAUUACGUACCAACAGACCUCCUGAUCGAAAUCCUCCAGAAACUGCCGGUUAAAUCCUUAAUCCGGUUCGCCGCCGUCUCCAAAUCGUGGCGGUCGAUUAUCACCAGCGCCGCCUUCAUCGCUUCCCACCUCUCAAAAGUUUUACCCCACCCUACUAUCAAUCCGGAAGACGCCUACAUUUCUGUACUCGGUUUCGGAGUUGAUGCCGGUCGUACCCACCACAAGGUAGUGAGGUUUCUUUACUGCAGAAACGCGGCCGGUAUUUUUACGACACGGGUUGAGAUAUUUUCCCUCAAGACAUGGAGUUGGCGGAGGUUGAUUGGUGGAGUUGAUAUUACUCUGGACGCUUAUCCAAGUCUGUAUUUUCGUCAAGUUUUCUUGAAUGGGGUUGUGCAUUGGCUCAUCGAGCAAAAACCGAUCGGUGACAAUAGUUUUCGUCGUAGUUAUAUUCUGGCCUUUGAUGUUGGAGACGAGGUAUUCCGUGAAGUGAUGUUGCCGGAAUGGGAGGCGGGUGGUUCGGGUUUCGCAAAGUUGAGAAUUUUCGUGAUUAAGGAAUCACUCGGGGUUGUCAAGUCAACUGGCGAGUCGUGUGAUGUGUGGGUGAUGAAGGAGUACUGCGUGAAAGAAUCUUGGACUAAGUUAUAUACCGUUCGUUUGUUUGAAAAGAUAAAAAAUGUGGUUGCUUUUUGA